AAAAAGAUGAAAUGUUUAAAAAAAUUUAAAAGCUGGAGGUCGGAACUCGCUCUUCGCUCACGUGCCUCCACCAAGAUUUGUCAAUGGCAGUACCCGGAAAUGACACAUAAUUUUCAUAUAAUUUUUACAAAUAUCAUGUUAAGUAAAGACUACGUACUGGUAGUUAAUAUUAGUUAGAAUAUACCCCAUAAUAAAAAGGAGGAUCAAUGAGUAAUAAAGAAGAAGCGUUUGAUAUUACAAAGACUUACCUUAAGUUUUUAGAAGAAGAUCAUGAUUUAACUAUGCCUAUAGCAGCCAUUGAAUCAUUGGUUACAAUGUUAAGAGUUAAACAACCAUCUACAUCAUCUGAAUUAAUUAAUUUAGUUAAAUCUAAUAUAGAUACAUUAAAAAGAUCUAUUCCUAAUGCAAUUUCACUUUCUGCAGGUUGUGAUUUAUUUAUGAGAUUUGUAUUAAGAAAUACAAAUUUAUAUAGAGAUUGGGAAUCAUGUAAAACUAAUCUUGUUGAAAAUGGUGAAUUAUUUGUUCAAAGAGCUAAAGAAUCAAGAGAAAAACUGGCUGAAUUUGGGAUUCCAUUUAUAAAAGAUGAUGAUACUAUAUUAGUUCAUUCAUAUUCUCGAGUAGUAUAUCAUUUAUUAUUAAAGGCAAGAACUGAAAAAUUAAUUCGAUUUAGAGUCAUAGUUACUGAAUCAAGACCAACAGAAAAGGGUUAUCAUAUGGCUAAAUUAUUAAGAGAAGCUGAUAUUCCUGUUGAAGUAAUAGUUGAUAAUGCAGUAGGUUAUGUUAUUCAUAAAGUUGAUAAAAUAUUAGUAGGAGCUGAAGGUGUAGCAGAAAGUGGUGGAAUAAUAAAUCAUAUAGGUUCUUAUCAAAUUGGAUGUUUAGCAAAGACUAAUAAUAAACCAUUUUAUGUGGUAACUGAAUCUCAUAAAUUCGUUAGACUUUUCCCAUUAGCUCCUAAUGAUUUACCAGAUAAUAUUGCUAAAAUAAUAGAAGAUGCUAAUAGCGAAGAAUUAAAAGAUCGUGAUCAUUUAAAAACUCAUUUAAUAGAUUUUACACCUCAUGAAUACAUUACUGCAUUAAUUACUGACUUGGGAGUAUUGACUCCUUCGGCAGUUUCAGAAGAAUUAAUCAAAGUUUGGUAUGAUUGAUUAAUAUAUAUAUAUCUAUAUU